AUGACAACCACAUCUAUUCUUUCGGAACGUCAAAAAGAUGAACUACAUAAAGCAAUCCUGGACUACUUGAGCUCUUCGGGAUUCAACCAAGCAUAUCUCGCCCUGAAAACCGAGACAGAAAACGAUGAUUUUAUACCUGAUCCCAAGCAGAAAUAUGCUGGACUCUUGGAGAAAAAGUGGACAUCUGUGAUUCGAUUACAAAAAAAGAUUAUGGAAUUAGAGACAAAAACAACACAGAUGCAGGAGGAAUUAAACAAUGCUCCUACACGCAAACCUACUAGCUCAGUUGAUUGGAUACCUAGAGCACCUGAAAGACAUUCGUUAGUGGGUCAUCGUAGCCCUAUUACACGCGUUGUGUUUCAUCCUAUUUAUCAGAUACUUGGAUCUGCAUCCGAAGACACAACCAUCAAGAUUUGGGAUUAUGAAUCUGGAGAGUAUGAAAGAACACUCAAGGGCCAUACAAAAGCAGUGCAAGACAUCGCAUUUGAUGCAAAGGGAAACCAUCUCGUAUCAUGUUCCGCUGAUUUGACUAUCAAAGUAUGGGAUACAAAUAACGAUUAUAAAUGUAUUCGUACUCUGUAUGGUCAUGAUCAUAGCGUAUCCUCAGUCGCUGUCAUUCCAACAACAGAUAUCGUUGUAUCGGCUUCUCGCGAUAAAACUAUCAAAUUAUGGGAAAUGUCAUCUGGAUAUUGUGUCAAAACGCUAGUAGGGCACCUAGAAUGGGUGAGAUCAGUAUCCCCUAGCGAGGAUGGGCGACUGUUAGUCAGUUGCUCCAACGAUCAGACUGCCCGUGUAUGGGAUGUUCAAAAAGGAGAGACCAAAAUGGAAUUUAGAGGUCAUGAACAUGUUGUGGAGUGCGCUAUAUUUUUACCAGUGGCAUCUUAUCCAUUUGUAUGGGAGUGGUUGGAGCAGAAUGUCAAAUCAAGCAAAGACCAGGCCGUUCCUGGACAAUACAUCAUUACUGGAUCUAGAGAUAAGACAAUCAAGCUAUGGGAUACUGCAUCAGGACAAUUACUAAGCACUUUGGUGGGCCAUGACAAUUGGGUGAGAGAGAUGGUGGUCCACCCUAGUGGAAAGUACCUCGUCAGUGCAUCUGAUGACAAGACAAUGAAGAUUUGGGAUUUAAAGAGUGGAAGAUGUAUAAAGACGAUUGAAGCACAUUCACAUUUUGUCACUUGUCUAUCCUACUGCACAACUACACCACUGGUAGCUACUGGCAGUGUUGAUCAGUCACUCAAAAUUUGGCAAUGUCGAUAA